GGUUAGAUGUCGGGAGCUCCCAUGUGACGCAACAACAGGUCACAGCCACGGACAUUGGUUGCCGGCGCAAUUCCACUCAAUAACCCUACCUUAGUUACGGGUAUGUAUUGUACAAUACCUGACACCUGUAUGUAAAACUUUACGCAUCUUACAUACUCUGCAGAAGACCGUGACGACAAAAGGCUAUAGUUUUGUUGCCACAGAUCUCCGCGAUGACCCAGCUGACAAGUGCUCAGUGCUGCCUCGAACGAUAAUGUGUCAGCGCUACUACUAUCAUGCCUUUUCCCGCCCGUUCUCCCACACGCGGCCCCCGGCUGCCAAGGCCGAUUUCACCCACGCGGUAAUCGGCGGCGGCGUAGUCGGGCUCGCCAUAGCGCAAGAGCUAGCUGUCCGGACCGGCGAUUCGACCCUCUUGCUGGAACGGCACGGUGCAAUCGGCACCGAAACCAGUUCGCGCAACUCCGAGGUGAUCCAUGCGGGCAUCUACUACGGGCCAUCAUCGCUCAAGACCGAGCUUUGCAUCCGCGGCAAGGACCAGCUCUACUCCUUCUGCGCUGCCCAUGGCAUACCGCACCGGCGCACGGGGAAAUGGAUCGUCGCGCAGAACGACGCCCAGCUGGCGGCCUUGCAGCAGAUCCAUGAUUUCUGCACAAAGGAGAUCCACGUCCCCAUGCGAUGGGUCGGCCCCGAGGAAGCUUCGCGGCGCGAACCCGCUGUGCGGGCCGAGAAGGGCAUACUCGAGAGCCCCACGACGGGCAUCGUCGACAGCCAUGCACUGAUGCUCUGCCUGCUCGGACGGUUUGAAGACGCGGGCGGAACGCUCGCCCUGAGCAGUGCUGUUGAGGGCAUCACUCCUCUCGGCAGCAACGGUAACGAGGGAUGGCAGCUCAGGGUGCGGGAUGCAUCCACCGGGGAGGUUUCGACGGUAACAGCCGGAUCGCUGAUCAACUCUGCGGGCCUGGGCGCGGUGGCCGUGCACAACAUGAUUGUCCCCCCGGAACGACGGAGGGAGAUGUUUUAUGCCAAGGGGAACUACUUCUCCUACGGGGCGUCGAGUCCCAGGGUGAGCACGCUGAUCUACCCUGCGCCGGAGCCCGGUCACGGCGGGCUGGGGACGCACCUGACGCUGGACCUGGCCGGGCGCAUCAAGUUCGGGCCGGAUGUCGAGUGGGUUGACUCCCCAGACGACUUGGUUGUGAAUCAGUCGCGGCUGGCGCAGACGGUCCGGGAGGUGAAGAAGUAUCUCCCGGGACUGGAUGAGACCCAGUUGCAGCCCGACUAUGCCGGCAUACGGCCGAAGCUGGGGAGGCAAGGCGCUGUGGCGCUCGGCAAAGGGUUUGUGGACUUUGUGAUCCAGAAGGAGGAGGGCUACCAAGGGUGGGUCAACCUGCUAAACAUUGAGAGCCCGGGGCUCACGAGUUGCCUGGCGAUAGCAGAGAGAGUCAGGAGACUUUUAUAUACGUAA